AUGCUGUACGCAACACUAAUUGCCAUCUUCACAACGCUCGUCUUUUCUGUUCAUUCCUUUCCGUCUUCGCAAACUCGACUGAACACUGGCACACCGGCCAAGUUCUUGCAUAUCACGGACAUUCACGUAGAUCCACACUACCGUCCGCACACCUCUCCUGCUUUGUCUUGUCAUCGCCGCUCUCUUAAUUCACCCAACACUGCCCUUACCUACGGGACUGUAAGCACGCUUUGUGAUACUCCAUUUAUCACAUCGAAUGCGACAUUUGAUUUCCUUCGUAAUGAAGUAUCGCCUGUACAAUUCGUUGUCUAUACUGGAGACAGUGUACGACAUGAUAGGGAUGAACUGAUGGAAAGAACGUAUGCAGAAGUAGAAGAAGGAAACAGGAUGGUAGUGCAAUGGUUUGUGGAUGAGUUUGUUAAGAAUGGUAUCGCAGUAAUUCCAACGAUAGGUAACAACGACGUAUACGAACACGACUCUCUCCCGCCUGGUCCAACACCAUUCCUAAAUACUCUCUUUCAUAUCUGGAAACCAUUCAAUCUCAACCUAACAUCUUCCUUCCUUCGUGGAGGCUACUUUCGUCACGAUCUUCCCGACAGUCCACUAACAUUUAUUUCUAUGAACUCAAUGUAUUUAUAUAAUGGUAAUGGCCUAGUCGGUGAUUGCACUGAAGGAAGAACGAUCGACUACUUCCCUAAAUGCUAUGAGAUGUACGUUGAUAUUCUUGGUCAUUACUCUGGUAUAAUCAUUGGACACUUUGCAGGGCACACGAACGGUGACACAUUAGCAUUUGUAACUGAAUCGAGUGAAGGAUACAAGAUGUUCCCUGUAGUGAAGGAAAAAAAACCUGCAAAGAAUUCAAUCAAGAACGUAGUAUUGGUAUUAAAUAAUGCGCCGUCAGUUAUUCCUGCCAAUAAUCCAGGAUUACGUGUCUAUCACUACGCAACCUCCCCUCAUAACUAUGGUCAUCUCCUCGACUACGUCCAAUAUUAUGUGAACAUGACGCAAGCCAAUCUGGCUAACAAUCUCGAAUACAAGAUCGAAUAUACUGCAAGUGAUGCAUACGGUUUGAAGUCAUUAGGGCCAAAGGAAUGGAUGAACGUACUGCGCGAGUUUGAACGGGAUGACAGUGAGGCUUGGAAGAAGUACUGCUUAUAUCAGACUGUUAGUGUGACUGACGGAUAA